AUGGCGGCGGCGGAUCUGAAGCGCAUCCUGUCGCAGGUGCUGCCGUCGCCUUCGUUGAAGGCGCAGGCAGGUCUGCUGAGAGUCCAAAACCAUCUGGAGAUGAUCGAAGGCAGCCUGUGGAAGAUCAACUCCAUGUACAUGCACGGCCUGAUGACGGCGAUCACUAAGCCCGACGUCGAGCAAUGGACCAACGACGUCAAAGAGGCCCUGUUGGACGUCGACCAACUGCUCGGCAGAAUUCUCCGCUGCCGAUUACCAAAGGAGGCGGCGGCGAAAUCGCCGUCAGUUUGCGGUGAUAUUCUGCUGUGGCUGAAGGAGACGGCGGCGAAAUCGCCGUCUGUUCGCGGUGAUAUUCUGCUGGGGCUGGCGGAGACGGCGGCGAAAUCGCCGUCUGUUCGCGGUGAUAUUCUGCUGGGGCUGACGGAGACGGCUAGCAAGUUGAAUCAUCUAGCUUUCGGGGGGGCCUCCUCAUUGGGCCUCCGAGCGGAGAUGAUGGAUUCCAUUGACGCCGACCAUGAAGAUUUCUCCACCGUCCUGAAUAACGAGGUGCAGGGAUUAGAAGAUACAACAAAUAAAAUCGUAAAAGAGCUUCAGAGUCAGCAGCUGUACGAGGAAAUCCCCACCAUCUUCUACAUCGUCGGCCAUGAAGGAAUGGGGAAGACCACCCUUGCUCGCAAGGUCUUCCACCACGACUGGGUGCGCAACUACUUCCAACACCACGUCUGGGUGGACUCGCCCGAUUCUUUCUCCUUCGACCCCAUGACCGUCGCCCGCUCCUUCGUAGAGGCCGUAACCAAGAAGCCGUGCGGCCACCGGGGUUAUCUGCAACAACUGUGGCUCGACGUCAGCAAGAAGCUCAACGUCGGCCGAUACUUUCUCGUCCUCGACGACGUCCCCGUCCUGAUGAAGGACAGGGACAAGUGGGAGCAGCUGAGGCAUGUCUUCCUCCGCCUGGGGUCGCCGGGGAGCAGAGUCGUCGCCGUAACCUCGGUGCAUCAUUCUGAUUUUCCCGAAGGGAAUCCUACCUUCAAAAAACUACCCCCCGUGUUGGGCUUAUCGAGGGAUUCAUGGACAAGUCUCUUGCGGCGGCGUGCAUCAGCGUUAAUCAGAGAUGACGACGAGGGCAAACAGAUUCGCAAAUCCUCUUCCGCUAUCUUGGACAGAUUCGCUGGUAAAUUGCACGAGAAGAGUAGAGGCAGCCCGUCGCUAGCCAAGGUUUGGGGCUCAGCUCUCCAGUGCACCGAAGUGGGUCGAUGGGAAGAUCAAAUAGAAAAAGAUCUGCUGCCGAAACCACUGCAGGACGAGCAGCAUUUUGGAUCGUGGUCGUCCCAGUAUCUUAUCCCUAAAGAUGCACAUUUGUACUUGUUCUCCUCGUUGUUUCAGCAGGAUCAUGAUGAGCAUGACUACGAAGACUUGUUCCACAUGAUGGCGGCUCAAGGCUUCAUCCAAGAUUCAAGUAACAAAGCACUGAUAAUAAGCAAUCUGAAGCGCUCGUUGCGCCACUUCGCCACUAAAGACUCGCGCCAACAGGAAAGCCUGACUAACGAUCUGAUACGCAGCUUGCCCAUCCUUGAAGCAACACAACCAUCUUCUGAAAGCGAAAAAAAGGUUCUAAGUUAUUGGAAGACGAAGGGUUUUCCAAAAUCAACGCACCAACUGCAAUGCCUGCAUUUGUCCGUGCUUAUUCAUCCGAGUACAGAUUUGACGCUACCGGUGACCUUGCCCUCCAAGUUGAGAACUUUGAAGUUGACCAUGCUUGUUGCUGAAAAUGAAGAGCAGAAGAAGAAGAUGGAAGGCCAAAAAAUUGAAACGGUGCUAAAAGACGAAUUUUCAAACCUCAGACACUUGCGUGUGUUGGAUCUACGAGCUACUAAAAUGGCGGAAAUGCCUGACACUGUAGACGGGUUGGUCAACCUGAGAUACCUCAACCUCUCCUGGUCCGACAUCGCUACACUCCCUGAUUCCUUCUGCAACCUCGGCAGUUUGCAGAUCUUGAAGUUGGCUCAUUGCCACAAGCUCUCUGAACUACCCCAUCGAAUCGGCAAGCUCCAGAACUUGCAGGUAAUGAAACUACCAUUUUGUGAAAACCUCACAAAACUGCCUAAAUCAGUGACGAACCUUAUAGAUUUGCAAGAGUUAGACCUCGAAUGUUGUCGUCAGUUAGUGGAGUUUCCAGAUGAGUUUGGCAAUCUGAAAAGCUUGAGAAGCCUUAGUCUAGUUGGGUGUUUGUCAUUAACUAAAAUGCCCAGUGGGAUGCGGCAACUGACUGAGCUCAGGCAGUUGUCAGGCUUUGUUGCACUUCAAGAAUGUGGAAGUUGCACGGUCACUGAGUUAGGGCCGCUAAAGUAUCUAGAAGACUUGCACUUAAGAGGCCUUGAAGGAGUGCGGAGCACGAAUGAUGCUGAAGCCAUGAAGCUGAAGAACAAAAGAUUCAUUAGGAAUCUGGUGCUGCAUUGGAAUGGGGAUGAUGGUGCAAGCUCUGAUUCAUUGCUGGAAAUACUUGAAUGCCUCCAACCCAGCACGGCUUUGCGAACAUUGGAGAUCAAUUCUUACUCAGGCAAGGAUUUCCCAAAGUGGAUGAAAGAUGGGCAACCAUAUCACUACACUUUGACAGAGAUCAAGCUUGUGAACCUCCGGGAUUGCGCUAGUCUGCCCCCACUCGGGCAGUUAGCUCGCCUUGAGGUUGUCGAGAUAAGUGGGAUGGUCAAAGUGCGUAAAGUGGAUGAUGAAUUCUAUGGUCUAAAUGGCGCAUUUGCUUCAUUGAGAAAGCUCACUUUCUCUGAAAUGCCUGAGCUACAGAAAUGGGUGAAGGUGACAAGGAAAUUCCAACUGUUCCCCAAGCUCACUGAAUUGAUGAUCAUUCAGUGCCCCAGACUGGAGCAAUUGGAGGUGGAACUCACAGCCGUCAAGAAGUUGAGUCUGUGGUUGAGCAAUGGAACUCUGUUAACAUCUAAAUCGUGGGAUUGGAGCAAGUUCAGCGGUCUUACAGAGUUGGAAAUAGUUGGGUGCCCUGGUGUGAAGCAUUUGCCAAAAAGCAUGAAGAUACUCGAACAGAUGGUGGACCACUUAACACUCGUUGGAUUGGGCACGUUGGAGUCUUUGCCAAAUUGGCUCAAAAAAGAUUGCUGUUUGGACAUCACCAGAUGUGGCAAGGUGAAAGAACAAGAGUGCCAGAAUGCCUCGGAGGCAUUUAGUUCUGCAACUUCGAUUGAAAGUAGAGAAUGGGACAAAAAGUAA